AGGAAAAACUUCCUUCUGCUCCCUUAGAAGACUCCAGCUAGUUAUUUGAAGAGGUCUUUGUAGACACGGUGGUUGCUCUUUCCUCCCAAGAAGAGAUUCUCUAGAAGGGAAAAACUUCCUUCUGCUCCCUUAGAAGACUACAGCAAGUUCUUUGAAGAGGUCUUUGGAGACAUGGUGGUUGCUCUUUCCUUCCCAGAAGCAGAUCCAGCCCUAUCAUCUCCUGAUGCCCCAGAGCUGCAUCAGGAUGAAGCUCAGGUGGUGGAGGAGCUAACUGUCAAUGGAAAGCACAGUCUGAGUUGGGAGAGUCCCCAAGGACCAGGAUGCGGGCUCCAGAACACAGGCAACAGCUGCUACCUGAAUGCAGCCCUGCAGUGCUUGACACACACACCACCUCUAGCUGACUACAUGCUGUCCCAGGAGCACAGUCAAACCUGUUGUUCCCCAGAAGGCUGUAAGUUGUGUGCUAUGGAAGCCCUUGUGACCCAGAGUCUCCUGCACUCUCACUCGGGGGAUGUCAUGAAGCCCUCCCAUAUUUUGACCUCUGCCUUCCACAAGCACCAGCAGGAAGAUGCCCACGAGUUUCUCAUGUUCACCUUGGAAACAAUGCAUGAAUCCUGCCUUCAAGUGCACAGACAAUCAAAACCCACCUCUGAGGACAGCUCACCCAUUCAUGACAUAUUUGGAGGCUGGUGGAGGUCUCAGAUCAAGUGUCUCCUUUGCCAGGGUACCUCAGAUACCUAUGAUCGCUUCCUGGACAUCCCCCUGGAUAUCAGCUCAGCUCAGAGUGUAAAGCAAGCCUUGUGGGAUACAGAGAAGUCAGAAGAGCUAUGUGGAGAUAAUGCCUACUACUGUGGUAAGUGUAGACAGAAGAUGCCAGCUUCUAAGACCCUGCAUGUUCAUAUUGCUCCAAAGGUACUCAUGGUAGUGUUAAAUCGCUUCUCAGCCUUCACGGGUAACAAGUUAGACAGAAAAGUAAGUUACCCGGAGUUCCUUGACCUGAAGCCAUACCUGUCUGAGCCUACUGGAGGACCUUUGCCUUAUGCCCUCUAUGCCGUCCUGGUCCAUGAUGGUGCGACUUCUCACAGUGGACAUUACUUCUGUUGUGUCAAAGCUGGUCAUGGGAAGUGGUACAAGAUGGAUGAUACUAAAGUCACCAGGUGUGAUGUGACUUCUGUCCUGAAUGAGAAUGCCUAUGUGCUCUUCUAUGUGCAGCAGGCCAACCUCAAACAGGUCAGUAUUGACAUGCCAGAGGGAAGAAUAAAUGAGGUUCUUGACCCUGAAUACCAGCUGAAGAAAUCACGGAGAAAAAAGCAUAAGAAGAAAAGCCCUUUCACAGAAGAUUUAGGAGAGCCCUGCGAAAACAGGGAUAAGAGAGCAAUUAAAGAAACCUCCUUAGGAAAGGGGAAAGUGCUUCAGGAAGUGAACCACAAGAAAGCUGGGCAGAAACACGGGAAUACCAAACUCAUGCCUCAGAAACAGAACCACCAGAAAGCUGGGCAGAACCUCAGGAAUACUGAAGUUGAACUUGAUCUGCCUGCUGAUGCAAUUGUGAUUCACCAGCCCAGAUCCACUGCAAACUGGGGCAGGGAUUCUCCAGACAAGGAGAAUCAACCCUUGCACAAUGCUGACAGGCUCCUCACCUCUCAGGGCCCUGUGAACACUUGGCAGCUCUGUAGACAGGAAGGGAGACGAAGAUCGAAGAAGGGGCAGAACAAGAACAAGCAAGGGCAGAGGCUUCUGCUUGUUUGCUAGUGAUCACCCACCCACUCACACAGGCUCCUGUGGACACACUGUUGACCCAAGGUGCCUGGAACAAGAGGUUUGGAUCUCUGUUUCAGGCAGGGACAAUGCCUCACCCUUCACGUGGGGUCCACCUAUCCUCUGGGCCCUUGCCUGUUUUUGCUGACUGACUCUCUGAUUGUUUGAAUGUGGAAAAAAAGUGCCCAGGAUGUUGGUACAGGUUAAAGACAAGAAGCUGGACACCCGGAGGAGGUCUGAAUAGCCUCUCCUGCAACUCAUGGAAUCUGAGCAGCAUAGAGACUAAAUCACCACACUGGAGCUUUCUUUUCUUUUCUUUUCUUUUCUUUUCUUUUCUUUUCUUUUCUUUUCUCUUCUCUUCUCUUCUCUUCUCUUCUCUUCUCUUCUCUUCUCUUCUCUUCUCUUCUCUUCUCUCCUCUCCUCUCCUCUCCUCUCCUCUCCUCUCCUCUCCUCUCCUUUCCUUUCCUUUCCUUUCCUUUUUUUUUAAAUUUAUUUUUUGUUAUUAGAUAUUUUCUUUAUUUACAUUUCAAAUGCUAUCCCAAAAGUUCCCUAUACCCUCCCCCAACUCUGCCACCCUACCCACCCACUCCCACUUCUUGGCUCUGGCAUUUCCCUGUACUGGGGCAUAUAAAGUUUGCAAUACCAAAGGGCCUCUCUUCCCAAUGAUGGCCAACUAGGUCACCUUCUGCUACAUAUGCAGCUAGAGACCCUAAGAAAACACACUGGAACUCUUGAGGUUUGGAGUUUUCGCUCAGGCAACAAGUUGCUUUUCAACUGCCCUUUCUAACCUCUUACCCAGAAAAUGUGUAGUUCACCCUGUAGAGAUAGAUGCUCUUAUUCUUAGUGUGUGAUCAACAGUUCUUUGGUCAAAUAAAUUCUGUUACUUCACAA